UCUAGGUGAAUGCCGUCAUGCCAUUUGGGUGCCUUGCCCUGCGAGAUGGGCGGAGCUAUGAUAACAUAACUGACGUCACAGACAAAUAUGAAUUUGGUCAAGUUCUCAAAGCGAAGGAGUUCUGCGAGCUGUGCCUAGCAAAGGACAGACAGACAGACAAGGUGUUUGUCUGCAAGAAAUUCCUCAAGAAGGAUGGCAGGAAAGUCCGCAAGGCUGCCAAGAACGAAAUCAUGAUCCUGAAAUUGGUCAAUCACCCGAACAUCCUUCAGCUGAUAGAUGCGUUUGAGACCCGGAAGGAAUAUUUCAUCAUCCAGGAACUUGCCACAGGAGGCGAUGUAUUCGACUGGAUUCUCGACCAAGGAAAUUACACCGAGAGAGAUGCUUCCAAUGUUAUUCGACAAGUGCUCGAAGCUGUGGCGUACUUACACUCCCUCAACAUUGUUCACCGGAACCUUAAGCUUGAAAACUUGAUGUACUACAAUGAAAACAACCACAAUAAAGUAGUGCUGCGAGAUUUCUACCUGUCCAGAUUUGAGAACGGACCUAUCACGGAUCCAUGCGGAACACCGGAGUAUUUGGCUCCCGAGGUGGUAGCGCGUCACCGGUACGGCCGUCCUGUGGACUGCUGGGCUGUGGGUGUGAUCAUGUUUAUUCUCUUAUCUGGUAAUCCUCCUUUUUAUGAUGAAACGGAGGAGGAGAACACUGAUCUACACAAUCGCAUCAUCUUUUGUCGCAUUGUUGCCGGGGACUUUGAGUUUGAUUCUCCUUACUGGGAUGACAUCUCACCAGCAGCAAAGGAGCUUGUCUGUCGCCUAAUGGAAGUGGACCAGAUGUUAAGAAUCACAGCACAAGACGCGCUUUGGCAUGAAUGGAUUGCUGGAAAUGGUGCGUCAGAGAAGAACUUAAAGGAUGGUGUGUGUGCCCAGUUUGAGAAGAACUUUGCAAAGGCCAAAUGGCGGAAAGCAAUCCGUGUCACCACCUUUAUGCAACGGCUGAAGAAUUCAGAGGCUCUGAUCGACAGCUCAGCUGAGGUUCAGGCCACUGAGGAGGUGGGAGAAGGUGAAGGAGGUGUUUCUCAGGGGACAAGUGAUGAAGGAGAGAAGGGGACAAGUGAUGGAGGGGUGACCUCAAGUAGCGUGUCUUUAGAGGUUACUGUUGAGAAUACACUGGCUGGUGCGAACCAGGAUACAAACACUGUUAAAGUUGGAGAAAAACAUGAGGAAGUAAAUACACCCAUAGGUCCAUCUGUAGGAACUUCCCCAUCAGAUAUUCAGGACCCUAUUGGUAAAUCAAAUUCUGCUCCCAAACAGGAGGAACUGAAUAAGUCCAGCAUAAGAAAAGGAGAAACUGAUGGAAUCAGAAAAAUUUCUGCCUCUAUGGGUCAAAAUAAAGUGGCUCCAGAGGCCAAGCAGACCCCUGUGGUGACAUCUGAGUCCUCAAAUCUGUCAGAGAGUCUAUCAGGAACUAAUGCUGACAGAAAGCAUACAUCCUCUUCCCCUGAUCCCAGCAGCAAAUGUAAAAUGGCUGCAACGUGUCAAACCCCCCCACAAACAGCAUCUGCUACUGCUUCAGCCUCACCACGGAAGACACUAGCCACCCAAGGCACACAGAGGGACGAUUCCGACGGAAGCUGGUGUCAGACACAGUUGCCUGAAGCGGUAGCAGAGAGAUCAGUCGGAGCACAAGUUACUCCAGCAAUGGGAUCAGGACCUGGGGUAGAUUUAGCACUAGGGGUCAGGCUAAGGGGUGACGCUAGUCCUAGAGGUAGUAGGGAUAGGAAUGCAAGGAGUACAGACAGAUAUAGUGCUGAAUAUAGCAUAGCUAGGACAGGGGCCGUGCCAGGACAAGCCAGUUAUGCUGCGGGUAGCUCUGCUAGUUUGGGCCGUCAUGCCACACCAUACAACUCAGAAGCCAUGACUAUAGGGUUGGGAGGGAGUUACGGGAGUCCAUACAGUACCUUGUAUACAAGUGGAGCAGGUAUAGGGAUGUAUGGGACUGGUCUACACCAUGCAGGAGGAGGGAGCAGUGCUACAAGUGAUUGGCAGAUGGACAGUGUGAUUGAGCAGAUAGAAAAACAAAUGGCCGCUGUGCUUGAGAAGAUUGAAGGAGACAUGCCCUCAUUGCUUGAGCAAAUCAGUGACUGUCCUGCUGAACCAGCACGCGUCAGGAGCACACACACAUCUCCCGCCACCUCCCGCGCACGUUCUACACAAUGUUCUUCAACUUCGACCUCAACCACUCCCCCACCUCUUCCCACUUCUCCAAGACCUGUGCUUCCAUCACUCCCCCACCUUGCCAUACCUCCUCCCUCCUAUCCCCCACCGUCUCCCCCCUCACAAGUUUCACCCCAGGCUGUCGGGGAACAGGGAGAAAAGGAUGGUUCGAAGGGUACAGCAAACUCCAGCCAGUCACCAAGGGCUGGAAUGGGCAAGGGGCUAUGAGCCACAAGACACAAAUACAAACCACCCUGAACACUGGAUUUAUAGUUCAAAUUUGUGGGAUUAGUGAUUCUGAUUCACCUAGAUGCAACAUCCACCUGCUAGAAGAAGAAAGGUAACCAUACAAUGUUUGGUUUGGUUGUGCCUUUACUCCAAAUGAUUACCCCCAGGGCAUUCAGAUGGUUUAAUGUGUGGAGUCAAAGCAGGAUAGAAUGCAACAUUGUUUGUUGUGACAUCUGCAGAGAUCAGAUCAGUUUCAGACGUGUGCCUCAAUGUCCACCUUAACCAAAUCAUAUGGGAAUUUCCAAGCACUUAGCGAGGUUUACCAAACGAACAGUAAGGACAUGUAAAAACAGUAUCAUAUGAUUAACAACCAAUCAAAAAUAUUUAUUUUCUAUUAUUGCAUUUUCUACAAUCACUUUAUCCAGUUGAAGGUUGUAGGAAGCCCCAAGCUUAUCCCAGCUACCAUUGGGCAAUAGACAUGGUCAAUUUAGAUUCUCCAAACAUAAUAACAUGUGUAUUUUUGGACUGUCAGAGGAAGCUGGACAGCCCUGGGAGAACCUAUGCAUGCACAGGCAAACCAUGCUAACUGACAGACCCUAGCCAAUUGUUGAACCAGGAAUGCGAGGUGACGGCGCUACCAAACACACCACCGUUCACACCUAUUCUUGAUCAAGUGUAAAUAGAUACACACACACACACACAAAGAGAAAAAAAAUGGACUUAACGUUUUUAGUUUGUUUGGCGUUUAUGUUUCUCAUGUUCACAGUAAUACUUUUACUUUUUCAAAGCAGCUAAAACCAUUUAUAUGUUUUUAUUUGUUUUAUUUGUGUGGCUCCUCAGUCAGUUGUGAGGCUUGGAGUCAUACAGCUGCACAAGUUUAUUAAAAACUGAAAGAAUAAAUGGAUUUUAUCAGUUGCUCUUGAGAUUUGUUAAAUUCUAUGUUAAACUUUAACCGUCACUCAAUGUUUUGUGAGUCGCUACACAAUUGUUGGGGAGCUGGAAAAAAAUAUUUACAUGCAAGAUAUUGUAUAAAAGCUUUGAAAUAAAACAAGCACACAUUUUUUCUUCUUUCAAGCGUUCUUGUGAAAAUCUAGCUAACAAAGUUUGUUUAAUUUAUAUCUAGAUUGGUCAGCCCACCUACUUUGGUAAUGUUAAUUAAAUUUUACCGUCUAUUUUAUCCUAUUUACCAUUUAUCAUUGUCCCUUUGAACUUCAUUCUGCUUUCGGUGUAUUUUAGACCAAAAUUUCUGCUAUUCUCCUGAAUUAAAACACCAUCAUUUGUCCCUAUGUAAAGUGUACUCUGUUUGCAAGUCUUUCAAUAAAAGUAAUACAAUU